UUGUCUCUAGAGCUCGAAGCGGCGGGUAGCGGAGCGGGCUUUCCGUGAACCGAGGCAGGCGAGCGCGGCUGGCAGCCUCCUCCGCGCCCAGCUCCAGAGCCCGGCACCACUGCACGGGGGGGACCUGCCCAGCGCCAGAGGCGGAGGGAGCCGCCUCACACCCCCCGCCCCCGCGACCCCGGUCCUCCUCCUCACCCCACUGGAUACGGCGAGGCAGAGGGAGACACUGCGGCGGAGGCUCCUGCUGGGGGACAGAAGCACCCGGAGAGAGGCGGCGCAGGCUGCGGGAAGCUCUGCCUGGCGCCCACCCAGCCCGAGGGAAGCCCCCAGGAUGCGGCUGAGACCCAGCGCCCUUCUGCGCUUCUACAGCCUCUGCGGGCUCCUCAUACAAGCGGCUGCUACCAAGAACAAAGUUAAAGGCAGCCAAGGGCAAUUUCCACUCACACAGAAUGUUACAGUUGUUGAAGGGGGAACUGCAAAUUUGACCUGCAGGGUUGAUCAAAAUGAUAACACCUCCCUCCAGUGGUCAAAUCCAGCUCAACAGACUCUGUACUUUGAUGACAAGAAAGCCCUGAGGGACAACAGGAUUGAGCUGGUUCGAGCUUCAUGGCAUGAACUGAGCAUCAGCGUCAGUGAUGUGUCUCUGUCAGAUGAAGGGCAAUACACCUGUUCUUUAUUUACUAUGCCUGUCAAAACUUCCAAGGCUUUUCUCACUGUUCUGGGUGUUCCUGAGAAGCCACAGAUUAGUGGAUUUACUUCACCAGUUAUGGAGGGAGAGAGGAUGCAGCUAACCUGCAAGACCUCUGGUAGCAAACCAGCAGCUGAUAUCAGAUGGUUCAAGAAUGACAAAGAGAUUAAAGAUGUCAAAUAUUUAAAAGAAGAGGAUGCAAAUCGCAGGACAUUCACAGUUAGCAGCACAUUGGAUUUCCGAGCGGAUCGGAGUGAUGAUGGUGCUGUUGUAAGUUGCAGAGUAGACCAUGAGUCCUUAAACUCCACACCUCAGAUAGCAAGGCAGGUUCUAGAAAUACACUAUACACCUUCAGUUAAAAUCAUAUCUUCCAGUUCAUGGCCAGAAGAAGGACAAUCUAUAGUUUUGACUUGUGAAUCCAAAGGAAAACCACUGCCGGAACCAGUAUUGUGGACAAAGGAUGGAGGAGAACUACCAGAUCCAGAGAGAAUGAUUGUCAAUGGUAGGGACCUAAGAAUUAGUUUCCUAAACAAAACGGACAAUGGUACAUAUCGAUGUGAAGCAACAAACCCUAUUGGCCAAAACAGCACAGAGUAUGUCCUGAUUGUACAUGAUGUUUCCAACACUUUGCUUCCCAUCAUUGUCAUCCCCUCACUUACCACUGCAACAGUCACAACCACUGUAGCCUUAACAACCAGCACAGCCACAUCGGCAACAGCCAUCAACACCAGAGACCCAAAUGCUUUGGCUGGACAGACUGGACCUGACCAUGCUCUCAUAGGAGGAAUAGUGGCUGUAGUUGUCUUUGUCACAUUAUGUUCUAUAAUUCUGCUUGGACGAUAUCUGGCAAGACAUAAAGGAACAUAUUUAACAAAUGAAGCUAAAGGAGCUGAAGAUGCACCUGAUGCUGACACAGCCAUUAUCAAUGCAGAAGGAAGCCAAGUCAAUGCAGAGGAGAAAAAGGAGUAUUUCAUUUAGAUGGAGACCUAGAUUCUCUGAGUUUUACUUAUCAGGCUGACUGCUGGGGAAAACUGGCUAUCAUCUUUCAGAAUUCAUUUCUGCCAUCUUCCGCAAACUUUAUUAACAUACAUACUGCUAUAAAUAGUCAGUUUAUGCCAACAAUCAGUUGUUGACAGCAUCAUUCUUUCUUUACAGUACCAUCCACAAUGCAGGACAUUUCUUAUUGCCUAAAAUUCAUUACAUACAUUAACAUACAGUGCUUGAAUAUACAGCCUUAACAAUGUUAAUCUUCAUCUUAAAUCAUGCUAUUGAGUUUUCUACAUUUUUAAAUGUUAUAUAGCUUUCUUCUUUUCCAGUUUUCUUUUAUCAUGGUCCCUAUCAAUAUGUCACUGGAUGAUUUUCAUAACAAAUACUAUUCAAUAAGGACAUAAUGUACUUACAUAAAACAUUAAAUCUAAGAUUAGAGGUUUACAAAGAAUGUUUUAUACAUGUCUAUAAUUCAAAGGCAACCUGUUUUUGAAACAUAUGCCCUAGGAACCACAAACUGAAAACAUCAUAAUAUAGUUUCUUGUAUGCUUGGAUUUGCUGGAAAAGGAGUAUCAAUACAUUGUUAAAAAUGGUACCUUGAUACUAAUUCCAUGCUUGGGUGGUAAUUACAUCAUACUGUAUUAUCUAUACAGAUUCUGUAGAGUUAGAGUAUUGUAGCUUCAUUCUGAAACAAAUUUAUUCAGCCCUUUUACUGCUUUUUGGGAUCACAAGAUUAGAUAUGUUUCUGCAAUUUCGGUUUUAAUAAUUUAUUUGCUUCAUAUGGACUCACCUGCCUAUUCAGAUAUGUAGUGUUCAUGGGGCACAAUUGCAAAGCAUUUUCCUAUCUGUAUAUAGUGCAUAUAAUAAAACCAAUUAAACAUUAUUUGAUACAUAUUUAACUUUUUUGGCUAUAGCUAAUUCAGUCACAAGUAAGCAUUUUUAAUGUCCAUUAUAUCCCUUUAGAUAUGACUUAAAUCAAUAUUCUGAAUAGAUAACAUGUAUUAGUAAUUUUUGUCUGUAUGUCCUAGCACUGUUCAGCAACAAACUUUUCUAGUUCUUGUUAAUUUUUAUUUGUUAUACAAUGGAAGCACAAUGUUAUAUGGAAAGGUAGUUUUAAGCUAACAACCAGUGCACAGCCUCAGGUUUUGAAUUACAACCACAUUUGAUUAAUAUCCUUAACAAAUACUGUUAUGUUGCUAAAUUCUCAAUUUUUAAUUUGGCAGUUCCAGAGCUGCUUAUCUAUGUUGGGUUGCCAAAAAAAAAAAAAGAAAAGAAAAGAAAAAAAAGUUAAAUGAUAUAUGUUUUGUGUAUACGGUAAAUGGACUAAUUCUUUAUAUUAAAUUCCUGUCUAUGCAUUUUGUGGGGUACAAACUUAUGUCACAGUGAAUGAUAGAGAAUUUCUGCCAGUGCUUUUAGCUCUGUGGUGAAAGUCUCUCUUAAAGUCUCAUGUUCUUAAAUAUGACAACAAAACACUAUAAGCCCAAUGGCUUAUUUCCUCUUCCACUGAAAUAAAAAUGGUGCCAGAUCAACACUUGGUAGUGAUUCCAUGCUGGAAAAUGAAAAUCUGUAUUGUUGGAAGUUCAUCUCCCUCUCCCAAGCGUUGCACCUUUGAAAAAUAAUAUUUCUAUAUGGUUGCUAUACUUGUGAAGUCUAAAAGCAUGACGGCUUAUUGUAAAGGAUUAUCUCUUGGGAUUUAUUUUUUGUGGGGGCAAGGGAGGGAGAAUCUGAACACAUCAUCAUGUAUUAAGAUAAAAUGGAAGACAAAGGUGCUGUGUCAGAUUAUUUAUCAGAAGAGUAUAAGCCUGUUAAGGAGAAUAUUAUAGUAUUUUUUUGUUUGUUUUCUUUCUUUCUUUUUGUUGAAACAUUUAUCUUGUUAAUUUCUAAGAAAAAGAGGGUGAUGUUGAUCAAGCAGCACUUUUUCAAAAUAUACAGAACAUAAAUAAUAUGAUGUGGUUGAGUGUUAACAUAAUAAAUCAUAUACAGUAUGCCAUUUUAAAGAAAUAAGUCUGCAUUGAUGUGAUUGCAUGCUUGUUUUUACAGUUCACUCCAUACCAUCUGUGAAAAAAAUGCAAUAAUAUGUUAAUAUAGUAUGGUAGUUUGAGAGAACCAGGUAGGUGCUACUAGACACAUUGAAACUAGUAUAGGUUUUCAAGAUAUUCAUGUCUUUCAAAGCAUACGCUUUUAAAAGGUUGGCAAAGGAAAUCAUUUAGUUUAGUACCAGAACAGAAAGGUUCUUGUCACAACAGUAAGUUGCAUUAACAGCAUUACAAUACUGUAUAUCUCAGUCUGAUUAGGGAGCCAAAAAAUCACUUAAGCAUGUGAGAAGUUCCACCUAAUUCAAUGGAACUACUCAUAUAUACUUAAAAAGUUAAGUGUUUUGCUGGAUCAGGGCCUUAUUCACUGAAGUGGAACUGUUCAUCAAUGCUGCUUUUACAUCUUUAUACAUUCUAUCUAAACUGCACUUUGCUUGAAUUGUAGAAUUGUUGCUUAAAUCAUUACUUACCAUGAUGUCAAGUGACACCUUCAAAUGUUAGAGCAUCUUUAGAUGUAACCACUCCAAGCCAACUUGUCAGUGUAGUGUAAAACCAGCAUUGAAACAUUGCAAAACCAGAAAUAAAUUGGACCAUUAAAUUACAUUGGUUGGUUUUUAGUUAAAACUCUUAGUGUGCUCAUUUUCAAUAGAUUUCUGAUUUUCCACUGUCUUGCAUCUUGUGAUUUCAUUUACAUUUGUGCGAAGUGGGUGUAAAAACACUGCAACCAGUAUACAUGAAUUGAGAAUUCUGAUUAGGUAGUUCUUUACAUCCAUCUACAUCCACAUGUUCAAAUGACUUCACUGGGUGUAAGAUAACAAAUACAGUGCCAGGCCUUUUGUAAACAACAUCAUGGCUCACUUAGAACUAAGUAUAGUAUUCAACAGGUAAAAACACAUUGUCUGUCUCCUUUAUACAAAAAGAUCCCAUUCAGAAAUACUGAAUCCAUUACAGUCUCAAGAAAUCUGAUAAAUGUGUAAAAUGAAAGCUCCGAAUGGGAACCAUGUUAGUUAGAAUGUUAGUAUAACACCCACACCUACAAAUACAUGCAAUGUAAUUUACUCAAGACAAGGUAGCUAAUUACUGGCAGUUUACAAUGUCGAUUGAUUAUUUUUAACUUUCAAAUGUGGAACAAUGUUUUUUUUUUUUUGAUGCUUUGAGAACAUAAUCAUUAAACAGGCAUGUGGCAUCACAGGCAAAUGGGUGCAUCUUUCCAUUCUGUUUAGUGUCAUCAGAGAAUCCAAGAAGCAGUUUAAGGAACCUGAUAUUUAAGUUGAGGCUAAGAAUUUAAUCUGGAACACUUAAAAAUGUCUUCACAUUUCUUGCACUGAGACUUCCUCUAUAAAGAAUACAUGAAGAAAACCAACUUUUCUAAAUAAUACAUGGAAGUUAAUGUGUAUUUUCAUUAUAGCAUAGUAUAUAUAACUAUCUCAAUGAAAAGAAAGGACAGGAUCAUCUGUAAUUAUGUAAUUCAACUGAUUGUAAACAGCACUGAAGUUACCAUGUAUGCACAUGUACAGUAGCUAUUUUGACAGUUACAGUGUGGUUACAUGUACUUCCAUGUAACACAGCAGUUAUAGUGUAAUUUAGUGCCACUUAUUGUAAAGUGUUACCAAAAGGAAAAUGGAACUCUUACCUUUACUAAUCUGUUCAAACUAAUGGUAAAUAUAUUAAAUUAACACCAUGAAUCUGACAUUCCAUUUCUUUAAUAAGGAGGUGAUAUAAAACUUCAUGUUCACCCCACAGCUUUCCCCACCACCUAACUAGAUUACUGCAAAUGUCCAAUCUCCUCACUCUUAGGAAAUGGUAAUCUGUGAUGAACAUACCAAAAAAAAAAUCAAAAAAAAAAAAAAUCAGCUACUUCAAUUGAAUCAGCUGCUAACAGAAACACCUGAGUAAUGCUUUUUAUUAAGUGGCACAAAGUACACACUAAAAACUAUGCAAAAAUAUAGGUAACUACAGUGUACUUACAUGUAAGUAUCUUGUACUUUCUGUGUAUGGAUAUUGGAAACCCAUGUAAUUAUAAUAUGCAUUUUGAUUAUUUUAAAAGAGGGGAACAAAAACCCUAGCAGUGAAAAUAAUUAACUUUAAAGUACGCACGUGCAAUAGUCAUGCUUAAUGCAAUAUGCUUAAUUCUUCUACUUCCAAUGAUACUUAAUUUAUAAUAACGCAUCUCUGUCCUCCCACCCCCCUAGCUCUGUCUCCUCUCUAGUACUAUUUAGGUCCUAUUAGACUCCAUUGAAACACUUUUAGAACAAAGUAAGAAUUCAACUCUGCUAAUGGCUUCAUUACCAGCAUACUGCAAGUUUGGCAACCCUGCUCGGAAAUCUCUUUUUGACUCAACAGAACAACGUUUUUCUUUUUUCCUUCUUGGGGGAGUCUAGCAAGCUAAGAUACUGAAAUGUAUUGCCAUAUGCCCUGUUUUUUUUUUAGCUUGAACAGCAGAGAGAAAGAAAUGGAGAACUGCAUUAUCCUGACCUCUAUUUUGUUGAACCACCUCACCUGGAAUUUUCACUAUUUCAUUCACAAUACAGUACUGUCAGGUAAUCUUACAUUGUGAGUACAAACUGCUUCUGUCAAAGUACAGAGGAAGCCUUUAGUGAUAAAGUUAACUUUUUCUAAACAUGAAAUUUUAUCACUGACCUUUUUCUUCUUGUUAUUUUCUGUCAUACCCUUCCAAAAAGUAAAUCACUGAAAGUAGUGAGAACAUGAAAUAAAAAAAGAAGAAAAUGAAUAUGUUAAAUGUAAUAUUGUAAAGCUUAAGUGAGUGCCAUUUCCUAUAUCGCUCCAUGCUUGCAUAUAAUAUUAUGAUUAUAGACAUUUAACAACUCCAGUUAGAUGAAAUGUAGGAAUUGAAAACAUGGGGUUAAACUGUUAAGCUACCUCUCAUGUUAAAUACUGGCUAUGAAGUGUCUUUAUACAUUUUAAAAAUAUUGCAAAGUCUUAGAUUUAGCCUCUAAAAUGGAUAAUUUUUAAGUUUUUCUGUUGACACUGAAAACAACUUCGUUGCAUUCAUGGCUCUUUAUCUAAUUUCCUCUAUCCAACAACCCCAAUUUUUACUAUCUUCUGUUAUAGGUAGUCCCACUGGGUAAUACUGUAGAUCAGAGGUCUCAAACUCAAUUUACCUUAUUGCCAGUGCCAGUCCUCAAAUCCUCCCAACGGGCCAAUAAUAUCACUGAAGAUGGUCUUCAGAAAAGAAAACCUUUAUAUUGUAUUUUUUAUUUUGAAUUUCUUAGAAAUAAUAAAACUGUCAUACAACUGUAUACAAUUUUUCACCUGCCAGAGAGUUUUUAGUGUUUGCCAGACACUUGGCAGUGCUUCAGUUCUGUCAGUUUGUUGAUGCUUGGCCUCAGUGACUGAGCAGUUGAAGCCGUCAGGAUUGUAGCAAGGUGUGCAUCAGAUAGUUGUGUUCGGUAUUUUGACUUGUUUAUAUUCAUUGUGGAAAAAAGUGAUGCUGCCUCCAUGGCUGACUCUGCCCGGCGACUAGUGAUCAUAUCUCUGUCCCUCUCCCUCAGCCAAUGGGAGCUGUGGGGGGCGGCACCUGCAGUAAACAUUACGGGCAGCAUGGCUGCAGGAGUCUGUCCUCUGUGGGCCACAGUAGGGAGGUUCUCGGGCUGGGACUUUCAGACCCCUGCUGUAGAUACUGGGCCACAUCCUCAGCUGCUAUAUUUCAGCUUAGCGCUGUUUCAUUUAGUUUAGGCUGAUUUACAUUGGCUGAAGAUGCAUCCCAUAAUGUUUAAAAACACACUGUUACACCAUACCAAUAUCUAUUAAAUAUGGAGAAGAACAUUAUACAAUUCAACUGUAACACAAUUACUUUCGCUAACAAAGAACGUAGGUUUGUAAUGUCAAUUCUAAAACCAUAUAUGCAAGUUUUUGCAUUACAUCAGUAAUAUGCAUGCUAUCAAGAUAUUCUAACUUGUCAUUUAUUUAAACUUAAUAUCUCCAAUAUACAUUUACAAUACAAAUAUUCAAUCCAGUAGAAUCUAGUGCAAAAAAAAUCAAAGAAAUGUGUCAAUAUGGCAGAGAUUAUUUCUGAAACUUUUCAACACCAGGAUUCCCUACAUGAUUGUUCUAGGAGGGCCUGAUUUAACUACCAAUCAAGUCAAAGGGAGUCAUCUGACAGACUGUAAGGGAAGUUAGCUCAGACCCACAAUGCUAUUCAAGUAUCACACCAACAUACUGCAUUUGGAGCAACUCAGAAGGAUGAUGGUGGGAGAGGGGGAAGAGGUGUGUGCAAACCUGGUUUUAUGCCAUUCCAAUCCAUGGCCCUUCUAACCUACCCCUAUUGCCAUUGAGCCUCCAAGGGGGCUGUUCCCAUUAGCUAGGAAUUGCCAGCGGCCAGCCCUGCCCAUGUUGCUGGGCAAAGCCCUUUGCACCGAGGUCAAAAAGGGAAAUGGUGUAGGAGCUGAUAUGGCUCUAGAGCACCUGGGGAUUCCAUAGCACAAUGAAAAGCCCUCAAGUAGCUGGUUAAACCAGCUUCAUCGCUUGUGUUUGUUGUCAAGGAUCUGUCCUUCUCCCCCAUCUUUUGUGUGUAAGUGACUUAAGGCUCUGCUGUGUUAAAAGGAGCAAUUGCUGAGGUGGAAGAAAGACUCUCCUUUCCAAUGAAUGCUUUAUGUUAUUGCAAAGGAAAAGUGAAAGAAUUUUUUAAAGAUUUCAGGUGCAAAAGCUUAACCUGCCAAGGGUCAGCACUUAAGCACUUUCCCUGUAUCCAGGGGUCAACCCAGCUGUGUUUCCUAUAUAUGCACUGGUCUCUCAUCUCAGCAUAAACUACUUACAGUCUUAUCCUGUCCUUAUGCACAGUGCUGAAAAUUGCUGAUUUUGUUUUCUUUUACAUUACUAGCUUUUCUUUUUUCUUUCUUCUUGUUUUACAUGAAAAUUAUUAGAGGGUUUUCAUACUAAAUACCCCCCCCCCCCCGUUUUUAAGGUAAGUUCUGUUUUAUAAAUAUUUAUGUGGCUCAAAAGAGGAGAAAAAUGUAUGAUAUUUGGAUCGAACUAUUGUUCCCUUCCCCUUCCUUUCUGCAGUAUAUUGGAUAAUGGUAGUUAACACACAAGUGAGAAUAUUAAGUCCUCAUUUAAGUGUAACUAGAUUUUCCCAUAUCCCUAUGUAAUGUACACAUACAGACACACAGACAGACAGACAGACACACAAACAAACGCAUCCUUAAAAUCACCUGCUUUUAUGUACUGAUUACAGCUAAACAGUGAACAAAGUAUUUGAGAUUUGGUCUCACGGACUACUGGAUUCAUACAUAACUCACUCUCAAAAUUCUUAAUGCACCAUUUCUAUUGAGUUCAACAGGAUUUAGCUCAAGUCCUUAAUCUAAAUGUUUGAGCUGAUCUUAAAUUCUUUUUUUAAGGGCUCCAACUCCAUUCCCUGCGCAUCCUUUACUAUUAGCAUAAAUAUUUUAUAACAAAAUAUUUUCAGUAUUGCAGGAAAGUUUGCUAGAAUACAAAAGGAGAAAUUUGUGAAAAGAUAUCAGCUAUUUCCAUUGAUAUUAUAUGUAACAGUAAUCUCAUAGAACUACAAUGUGUUAUGCUAUUAGACUUGCAAUUCACUGCAUUUGGAAGGAUAAAUUUCUAAGAAUAAAUAUAAACAUCAUGCUGUAAGUAAAAUCCAAUGGAAUUAAGCAUAUUGCACCGACGAUGGAAAUUCAGCUACUGCAUCUAAUUUUCUCAACAAUUGUAAGUGAACAAAAUGCAUAUUGUAAUGUUAGGUACAUGACACUUGCAUGUUGCUAUGCCUAUAUACUUACAGAGUAUUCAAUGUGUACUUAGUGGCGCUUAAGAAAUGUCAUGUACAGUUCUUAUAAACAUUCUUACAGGGUUCCCAUUUGCACUUCAUCUUUCAGUAAAGUCUUGUCAGAAAAAUGUCUGAUGAAUAUUAUUGAAAAAAAAUAAAAUUUCAAUUUUAGUUAUCUGUUGGACAUUA